AUGGCAGCUGCCGAAGUAGCUGUGGACUUUGGCUACCUGUCCGCCCAUCUCGGCGUGCCAGAAAACACCCUCGAGACGGUCGCCACCCAACCCACCGCCGACCUCGUCCAGGCCGUCCUGCAGGCCGUCGCCGCCAAGGCACACGAGUUCGAGAACCUCUACGCGGAGAAGCUGCACGUCGAUAUCGAGCUCGAGAAUGCCGUUCGCAGCGCCGACUCACGAUGUCAGUCCUUCAAGGCCACCGCCGACAAGGCUCUGAAGGACGCAGAGGAGCUCCGCAAGAAGCUCCAGCAGGAAGAAUCCACCCGCCAAGGCCUGGAGUCUGAGCUCCAGCAGCUACAGUCCACAAGCGGUGGUAGCCUUUCCGAGAUCGAGAACCUGAACGCGCGCAUCAAGUCGCUCGAGCAGUCGAACCGCGACACCGUCGCAGCCGUUGACGCAAAGAACGCCGCGAACUCGGAACUGCUGACAGACCUGCAGAAGCUGCAGCAGAAGAACCACGAGCUCAGCAAGCAGAUCGCCGAGCUCCAACAGUCUGUACAGGCCGAGAAGGCUGCUGCGAACAGCGCGAAAUGGCGCGAGCAGAACUUGAGGCAGGAGGGCGAGCUCUUGAAGAGGAACAACGAAUCCUUCGAGCAAGAGCUGAAGACAAAGCGAGAGGAGGCGCUCAAGUACCGCAAGGAGAAGGGCGCACGCAUUGCGGAACUCGAACGACUCACUGACGAGCAACGAUCAACAAUCGAUUCUUUGACCCGUGGCGAACAACAACUGCGAUCUCGAUUGGACGACGCUCAGAGAAAGGCAGAUGACUCCCUCGCCAAGAUACAGCAGCUGAAAGAGGCUGCCGCUCGUACCGAGGAGAGCUUCAAUCAGGAACUCGAGGCGUCGAGGCGUCUGGCCGACCUACAAGUCCAACAGGCCGAGACCAGCAGGGAGAGGCUCAGGGAGGUCGAGAAUAGGCUAGAGAAGGUCCAGGACGACUUCGCGGUCCAGAGGAUGCGCAUCGAGAAGCAGCUUGAAGAGGAGAAGGCAGAGCAUCAAAAGACAUUUGAGCGGGCGCAAGAGCUGGAGCAGGAAAUCAGUCGACUGCAGGCUGCCGCUCCUGCCCAGCCACAAUUCACACUUGGAUCGCGUCCCUCCACUCCCGUCGCAAACGGUCACCUCAGGGCUGGCUCGCCAUUUGGCACGCCCGGAUCGAUCAGGAGCAAGAACAUGACCCAGGCUAUUGAUGAGCUAUGGAAGGUUAAAUCAGAACUGAUCAAUGUGAAGAAGCGAAACCAGCAGCUGGUCCAAGAGCUGGACGAGACCAUGGCUGUCCUGGAAGCGAAGGCGCCGGAGUUCAACGGCCUGGAAGCCGAGAUCGAGAAACUACGGAGCGAGAAUAUCCAGAUGACUCAGCUAGCAGAUGAGAGUUUCCAGGAGCGCGAUCUUGCAAAGAAGGCUGCUCGAAAGGCCGAGGCUGCUUUGGGCACAGCCCAGUCCGAGGCAAACAUUCUUCGAGCUCAGCUUCGAGACCUCGGCGUCCAGAUCCAACUGCUGGUCUUCAACCUACAGGCACAAGAGAAGGGUCUUGACCAGCUUACACAAGAAGAGGUGGUCAAAUUCGACCAGUUGCAGCGCGGCGAGGUUGCACCAGGUGCCCUGGAUGACCUAUCAGAUACCCACCGCUUCAUCACGGAGAAGUUCGUUGCCUUCAAGGACAUUCAUGAAUUGCAAUCCAAGAACGAGGAACUGCUCAGGAUCACCCGAGAACUUGCAGACAAGAUGGAGAGUGACGAAGCUCAAGCCGCAAAACAACAGGCUGUUGACAACGAAAACGAGCUUAUAUCUCUGCGUGAGACUUGCGCACGUCUGCAGGAUGAGAUCAAGUCAAUGACUGUCCGUAUGAAGUCUCACAUGCAAGAGCGCGACAUGUUCCGACGCAUGGCAGAGGGGCAGAGGGCCAGGGUCAGUGAUGUCAACGACGCCGAAGGCAGCCAGCGUGAAGUGCUCGCCAGCAUUGAACAGGGCUCCAAUGUCGAUGAGGCCGAAGCGAUGACAGCGAUCCGCGAAAUGCAAGCAAGGCUGGAUUCACAACAAACCGAAUUUAGCAUCGACCGGAAGGCCAUGCGUGAGCACAUCGACAGGCUCUCCGCGGAGAAGAGCUCAUUACAAAGCGAGGUUGUGCGCAUCCGUAGUCAGCUCGAACUGGCUUCUGAACGUUACGCCAUGCUGCAGGGCAACUGUGAAGCGUUGCAAAAUGAGAAAUCGGAGCUCCAAAAGCGAAGCCAGAGCCUGUCAGAAGCCGCAGCGAAGCAUGAUCUGCGUAGCCAGCAGCUGGCUUCUGAUCUUGUCGAAACCAAGGCGCUGUUGGACAGCGUUCAGAGCAAGGCCUCCAACCUGGAAGCAGAGAAGGCCCUGUUCACCAGCAUCCGUGACCGUCUACUCAAAGACAAUGAAGACAUCACGAGGGAAAAGGCUAACCUCAGCAAUAUGCUCACUCAGACCCAAUCGUUACUCAACGAGAAGGACACCUCUGAACAAGAGACUCGGCGCAGCUUGAACGAACAGAUCCAAUCCCUGAAGACAGAAUUGACCUCGAAACAGCGCAAGCUCGACAACGAGAUCGAGGAGAGCAGGAGGCUUCAACAACGAAAGGACUACGAGAAUCAACAGCAUCAACAGCGUGUGGACGAGCUUCUGAGCAGCCUCAACUCGGCCAAGGAGGAACUCGUUGCUACUAAGACCAGCAGAGACCAUCUGCAAGCCCGUGUUGAUGAGCUCACAAUUGAGCUCCGGAAUGCGCAGGAGAAGGCCGAGCGCCUACAGCCCCGACCAACACCCAGGCCUGGCACAGCCAAUGAGCCUCGAUCAGCGGACGCAGAGACCGAAGCCCAGAUUGAUGAGCUGGUCAAUGAGAUCUCAGAUCUCAAGAGGGACCUUGAUCUGGCAACCACGCACCUAGAAUCUUCUAGGUCACAAACCGAGCAAUACAAGGAGAUCGCCCAGGCUGCUGAAGAAGAGCUCACCCAAAACAAUGCGAUUCAAGAGCAAUAUCGCGAGCAGAUGGAGGCAGAACUUGCUGCCAAGGAUGCCCAGAUCAAAGAGCUCCAGCAACGCGUCGACAACAUCUCUGUGGAGUUGAGUAACUCGAAUAACGAGCUGUCCUCCAUCCGAGACUCCCAAACAGAGGCCGCUCGCAAGUCGGAGGAAGAAAAGCGAAUUCUGGAGGAUGAGAUAUCACGACUUAAGGAGGACGCCGAGCGACUCAAGGAGCGGGCGAAGUAUCAUCAGCAAGAUCUCCGGGCACAGGCAGACAUCGCCAAGAAGGCUCAGCAAGACUACGAGACGGAACUAGUCAAGCAUGCAGAGGCUGCAAAGGCCUUGCAAGCUCUUCGUUCUCAACACAACCAGCUGAAGACUAACUCGGCAUCGCUGAAGGCCGAAGCUGAGUCUGCCAAGCACACGCUUGACGACAACAAGAGGUCUUUUGCCGAGCGGGAACAGCAAUUACGACAAGAAAUCUCUGAUCUGAAGGAGAGGCGACAGGAGACUGAUCAGCAGAACAAGCUGCUGCAAGAACAACUGCACAGCUUCACCUCACAGAUCGCCGCAAUCAAGGAGAACCGCACCGCUUUCAUCGAGGCCACAGAUGAUACCACCAACUCUGCUCCUGGCUCAGACGUCGAGCGCCUGACGGAGCUCAACAAGUACCUGCACCGUGAGAAGGAAAUUCUCGAGGUGCAGUACAACCUUAAGAACCGCGAGGCCGAGCGGCUGCAGCAGCAGGUCGAUGCCAAGCAGUCACAACUCGAAGAGUAUCAGUUGAAGCUCGAGCAGGAACGUGUGGCUAGAAAUGACACUAGCACGACAAAGUCACACGAGGAGUUGAUGAACAAGCUGAACGAGCUCAACCUGAUCAGGGAGAGCAAUAGCACCUUGCGAAGCGAGAACAAGCGUAUCGAACGUCAAUUAGAGCAGAGGAACGCCAAGAUCAAGGAGCUCGAAGCCACCAUAGAACCUCUCAAGGCCCGCAUAUCUGAGCUCGAAGGCAGCAAGGAGUUCUUGGAGGAGGAACUGAAACAACUCGGCGAGGACCGAGACCAUUGGCAAAAGCGUGUGGAGAGCAUUGUGACCAAGCAUGGGCGCGUCGACCCCGCAGAGUUGGAGCAGAUGAAGGAGAAAGCGUCUGAGCUCGAGGCCGAACGCGACGCCCUGAAGCAAGCUGAAGAGCCGCUGAAGGCUAGGAUCACCGAACUUGAGACGACACUAGAGACAGAGAAGAGUAAUUGGACAGCAGCUCGCGGGAAGAUCAUCGAGCAAGCGAAGAACAAGAACAGGGAGAACAGCACUAAGAUCGCGGAGCUCAAUGCGGAGAAAGCACAACUGCAAGCACAACUUGAUGAGACCACCCAGCGGCUGGCUUCGCUCCAGUCUGAGCUGGAAUCCGCUAUCCAAGAAAAGUCCGCCCUUGGUCAAGAGAAGUCUGCCUUGGAGCAGAAGCUGAGCGACGUCCAACAGCAGCUCGAGUCUGCCAGCACCGCGACUCAGGCGCCCCCUGCAGAGGUUUCCUCGGACGCGGUGUCUGCAGAGCAGCUUCUCCAGGUGCAGCAGCAGCUUGAGAGUGCACAGCAACAGUUGGCUGCUGCCAGCGAGGCCGAGACCGCCGCCUCCCAGGAGCUUGACCGACUGCGCUCAGAAUUGUCCACGGCAGUGCAAGACCGCGAUGCAGCUCGUGCCCAAGCGGAGUCCCAGGUACCGGGUGUGGCGGCCGCACAGCCGGAGGCAGCACCGCAAGCAGAGACCGAGGCCACGCAGAAUGGCGGCGUUGUUGAGACUCAACCGGCCCCAGCGGCAACGUCGGACGCAGAGCGUGCUGAGCUUGAACAAAAGCUGGCUCGGGCCGAACAGCGGGUAACAGAGCUGGAGGCUGAGGUCGCUGAGCUCAAGUCAAAGGUGACCGAGUACGAAUCGAACCAGAAGGCCAUUGUCGACGCGCGGUCUCAAAAGAUGAGAGAAGCGCUGAACAAGAAGCUGGCUGAAGAUAAGGCUAAGAAUCUUGCCGAGCUCACGAAAGAAAAGGAGAAGCUGCAAGGCGAAUACGAUUUGAGACUUCAGCAAGAACGCGCCAUAUGGCAAGCCGAGAACAAGGUGUCGAGCGCACCAGCUGCCACCACCGAUUCUGUUGCAGCAACACCGACCAAGCAAACAGAUCAGCAACCACCACAGACACCGAAUACGGAUCUACAGUCACUCCUCGUUGCUAACUUCUUGCAACUCAGCGAUGCCGAUACCCGCAAGGUUGUUAGUGAGAACCCUACCAUCAAGAGCAUCAUUUCAAGCAACCUCAAGAAGAAGGUGGAGAUUGAGACCAAGAAGGUCAAGGAUGAGACGGAGCAGGCCUUGAAGGCGGAACACGAGGCCAAGAUCACGGCUGCUAAGGAGCAGGCGACGUUCAUGGCGUCGAAGAAGUCAACGCUGAGGAUCAACAUGGCCGAGAACAAACUCAAGGGCGCGCAAGCCAAGCUGAACGUUGUCGAGACGGCUGCCAAGGACACUCCAGAGCGCGCUGUCGGUGAGGUGUGGGACGAGGCCAAGAAUGCGAAGGUCCAACCAGGACCGGAAGCUGUCGUCAAACCUGCCUCUUCACCAGCACCCACAGACAAGGCGGCGGCAGCAGCUGCGGCUGGCACACCUGCAACCGAAGUCAAACCGGCACCGGCCAAUGGUGCCAUUCCGCCGAAGCCUGCCCCAGCAGCUGCGGCUGCCCAGCCGGCACAACCAAAUCCUUUCGCAUCCGGAAUACCGGCGAAGCCAGCGACAGCCCCUGUCAACCCCUUCGCGUCGGCCCAGCAAUCCACACUGCCCGUCAACCCCAAUCAGGCUGCGGCUCAGCAGCCAACUGUCCAAGGCCAGCAAAAUCCGGCCCAACCUCAGCAGCAGCAAGGGCAGCAGCCGGUCAAGACCGGCAUUCCCGUGCCAUCGCGAGGCGGGGCGCCUCGAGGAGGAGGCCGCGGCGGCACAUACCAACACCCACGCGGCGGCGCACGGGGCGGCUUCCAGAACCGCAACGCCAGCGGAGGCCCGGCCACACUGAACCCGGGCGCGGAGAACUUCCAGCCCGGCAACAAGCGGCCUCGCGAGGGCGAGGCGGGAGGCGCACCGGCUGGAGGACAGCAGAACAAGCGGCCACGGGGCGGUGGCGGUCCACAACGGGGAGGUGCUUCCUAG